UUCUUGAUUUUCGUUUUGUUUUGUCAACUAAUUAAUCAAGGACUCAGAAAAGUGACUUUAUUAUUUAUUCAUAUUCGAAAGUCACGAUUUAAGAAAAUGUAUUAAACUAUAGAAAGAGUCGCACCAAAUACCGAGUUACUCCACUAUAAAAAAGGCAAAGCUAUCUCUCUGAUCUCUACGCCCAAUCACUCACAUCUAAAAGAACAGCUUCACUCCUCUCAGGCUUCUCAUAUUAAAUAAAAGCUUUACUCAUCUUAUCAGAUCUCAAUGGAGAAAUCAGACAGACAAAGCGAAGAAGCAACUUACUUGUGGAUUCCUCUUCAGUACCUCGACCAAACUCUCAAAGCUAUCUUGAGAUGCCUUGGUCUUUUUCAUCAAGAUUCUCCGACAACGACGAAAACAGCGUCGUCUCCAGGAACUUCAACCCAGCUGGAGGAAGAAGAAGAAGAAGAAGAAGAUGUUACCGUGAAAGAGGAGGAGGAGGAGGAGGAGGAGGUCGUUGUGACGUCAAGGGGCCUCAAUCGCGGCGUCGUUGUGAAGAGUAGAGCUACAAAGGUCCAAGCUAAGUCAAGGGGGAAGGAAACAGUUAGCAGAGGACGUCGUGGCCAACACCAUUAGCACUUCUCUACAUCACAUUAUUAAUUAGCUCUCAUUUAUUUUGCAAUCUAUUACAUUCUUAAUUUGAUAUUAUUGUUAUCGUACUGUUUACUUUCUAUGACCUAUUAACAACAAUCUACCGACACACGACAAUAAAUCUACUUCAUCCAUCUAUAAUAAAUUAUAAUUAUAAUUA